UACCAAACUGUCAGAGCCAGGAGGUUACUUACUCCAAUCAUCCAGUUGUGCCUCUUCUUUUUUUUUCCAUCGUUCUAGGGUUUUGCGAAUUUGGGAAAGUAAGAAGCCACGAGAUCGUGAUGGCUGUGUUGUCGAUGGAGUCGCUGCCUCUCGGAUUCCGGUUCCGGCCGACGGAUGAAGAGCUCAUCAACCACUACCUCUGCCUCAAGAUCAACGGCCGUCAUUCCGAGGUCCAAGUCAUCCCCGAAAUCGACGUCUGUAAAUGGGAGCCCUGGGAUUUGCCGAAGCUGUCGAAGAUAAAGUCGGAUGAUCAAGAAUGGUUCUUCUUCUGUCCUCGUGACAGGAAGUAUCCGAAUGGUCAUCGUUCCAACAGAGCCACGGAUGCUGGCUACUGGAAGGCGACCGGGAAGGACCGCACUAUUAAGUCGCGCCAGUUCAAGUCUGCUGCUAAUUCCACCGGCAUGGUUGGGAUGAAGAAGACGCUGGUUUUCUACAGAGGCCGUGCUCCCAAGGGCGAGCGCACUAGUUGGAUCAUGCAUGAGUAUCGUCCCACUCAGAAGGAGCUUGAUGGUACCGGUCCUGGCCAGUGUGCCUUUGUUCUGUGUCGCCUGUUCCAUAAACCAGAGGAGAAGGCUGAAGUUCUGAAGUAUGAUGAAGUAGAUCAACCUGGCUUAUCUCCUACAGCCUCUCCUGAUGAGGCAUCCUCAGAUGUACUUCAGGAAUCAGCUACUCCAGAUAAAGGUGGAAAAGAUUCAGAAGGUAUAUCGAAGUGGGAUGACAGUUUUGAUCAGAUGACCCCUGAUGCUGUAACUAUGCCACCUACUGACAGUUAUAUGGCUUCUGAUGUUGAAGUCAAUGAACCAGAAGAAGCAAUAUUUCCAGUACAUUGUCAUCUGCAGGGAGAAAUGGGAUUCUUUGAGCCCACAAUUGACUGUAAAAUCUUUUCACCGUCGCAUACACCAUUCAAUGCGGAGCUAGAUUAUGUGGGUUCACCACUUGAGUUUGGCAACCAUAACAAUGGAUUGUACUUUCAGGAUGGCACAUGUGAACAGGAUGUAUACCUCCCAGAGGUGUUUGAUGAGGUUGGCAAUAACCUUUAUGAAAGCUCAUUUGAGGAGUCAACCAGUCAGAAGAACCUGGUUGUGGGCAGUGAGGCCUAUCUAUCUGAUCAUUCUUUCAUGUUGCAAGACAUGCUACCAGAAAACUUUUCGCAAAAUGGUGCAUGGGGUUACACAGACAGCACAACAGCCCAGCAUAAUCUGCACAUGGGAGCUCAUGGCUUGUUGAAUGAGCAAUUUGAUACGGAGGAUCUGCUGCGGAAAACCUCUUUUGGUGCUUACCAAGCUGAAGCCCCAGCAUCUCUUUAUGACCGUAAACCUACAGUGGAAAAUAUCGGUUACUCUGGUCACUUGUAUGCUGAUUCUCCUGUGUCAAAUAAUUUGGAUAUAUCUAACAAUCACAAGAAUGUAGAUAGCCACAGCAGUGAUCAAGUUUGUGGACCUAAAAUUAAGAUCAGGUCCCGCGGUCCUCAAGAACAACCUAACCCAAACUAUGUGGAUCAGGGCUCUGCCAACAGAAGAAUUCGUUUAGUUGUUGAUAACCACGCAAGGGUUUCAAACCACAGAAAAGAAGAAGGUGAAGCACAUUCAACUAUCACUGAGGCCAGAGAAGCUGAACGGGAGAGUCUUACUUCUGAUGAAGAGGAGAAAGCUAUUGCGAUAUUCGAGGAGGAAGAAGUAACCAGUAGGGAUUCCUCUAUUAACAAUGAUUAUAAUCUUGUUGGUAAAGAUGGAGUCAGUUGUGAGACCAGCCAACUUACAGAGCCAUCAAACUCGGACAAGCCUGUUACUCGGAGCAUGGAUACUAGAAGAAUUGGCUUGGCGAUCAAUGGUUCCCCAGGGUCAAUUUCCAAUAGUGAUGUGAGAGAUACAAAGCAUGGGCAAGAAGAGGAAGUGGAGUCUAGUAUUAUUGAGGCCAGCGAAGCCACUGAGAAAACUCCUAACCUCUACGAGCAAGAUGUAGAGUCUCAUCCUCUUAAGUUGGAUGAUAGCCAGAAAAUUGCGGAGAAACCCUCAACAACACUGAACGAUGAAAACAAGAAAAGCACUGAAGAAGCUGCAACAAAUAUCAGGUCAAGGAAGGGAGGGGUUGAUGAUUCGUUACAUAACAGCCAUAUUGGGAUGUCAGUGCCUUCCAAACAUCAUGGGUUGAAUACUGUGAUCAUUAUUACAGUUGGGAUUCCCUUAGUUCUAACCCUGUUCGUAGCUUUUAGUGGAUUAUUAAUAUCCCAGUAGUCCUUUACGCUGCAAGGAAGAUGCGGGCAGCGUAGGCCUUUGGUGGUUCGUUCCAGAAUCUCAUGUACACCAUAUGAAGCAGGUGUGUUAGGGUAAGUUGCAUUGUUAUGUGUGCAUAUAUAUGUAGUAGUCAUAUCCUUAGGUUAGAAACCUGUUGUGUAUUAGGGUUUGGUCCGUAUUUAUGUAUAAGCUUCUAGCUGACCGUACUUUUAGUGGACUUAUCACGUAUUUAGUUAAAGAAAUGAGUUGUAGUC